UUCUUCGAAUAACCGACCCCACUUACCCAUGACCAAUUCCCCCAAACCGUUUAAACCCCAUUUUCCCUCCCAUCCCCACCUCCAUGAACCCAAAUACUUCCAAGAAAUCUUCACAUAAUCUUUUCUUUACUAUCUUACAUCAAAAUUCUAGCAUUGUUUGCCAUGAAUUCAAGAAAGCUUCUUGUAGUGUCCACUUUGUUGUUCCUCUUCAACUUCUGGCAACAUCCCUUACUGGUGUCAUCAGAGAAUGUGAAUCUUGAUUUCCCAGUCUUCUCUUUUCGAAACUUCACUAUUCUUGGAGAUUCUUAUCUCCGAAAUGGGGUUUUUGGACUCACCAGGGAGCUUGAAGUCCCAACAUCUAGCUCUGGUUGUGUAAUCUACAACCACCCAAUUGAAUUCUUUGAUCGAGAAACCAAUAUCACUGCUUCUUUCUCCACAAGAUUUUCUUUCUCAAUUGGGAAUGUUAAUCCGUCGUCGUUUGGAGAUGGGUUGACCUUUUUCAUAUCUCCAAAUAACCAGACCGUGGGAAAUGCAGGAGGGUACUUGGGCCUUGUCAAUUCAUCGCAAUUGACCAAGAACAGAUUUACUGCGAUUGAAUUUGAUACGAGGCAAGAUUUGCACUUUAAUGAUCCUGAUGACAACCAUGUUGGGUUGGAUAUUAACAGCCUUAUCUCCAUCAAGACUGCCAAUCCGACGCUGCAGAGUGUGAAUUUGAAGAGUGGGAAUUUGAUUACUGCUUGGAUUGAUUACAUGAAUGAGAAGAAGAAGUUGGAUGUUUUCUUGAGCUAUUCAAGUUUCAAGCCUGAAAAGCCAUUGUUGAACGUAAAUGUUGAUCUCUCUGGUUAUCUAAACGAAUUUAUGUAUGUGGGAUUUUCAGCUUCUACAGAAGGCAGUACAGAGUUGCAUUAUAUUGAGAAUUGGAGUUUUCAAACAAUGGGAUUUCACCCUGUGAGACCAAGAAUUCAUCCUCACAAUGUAUCUGAUAGCUCCGUGCCACAUACACCACCAACUCCGGUUUCAGAUUCGGGCAAUAAACAUCACAAGAGGAUCAGAUUAGGCCUCGGGAUUGGCUUUCCAGCCUUUUUUUGCUCUGUUCUUGUGGUAUUUGGUUGGAUAUCUUUCAAGAAAUGGAGGGAAAGCAAAACAGAAAAAUGCUUGAAAGCAGAACUUGUCACUGGGCCAAGGCAGUAUAGUUACAAAGAGAUAAAAUCAGCCACAAGAGGGUUUCAUUCAAGCAGGAUUGUUGGGCAUGGAGCCUUUGGCACUGUUUAUAAGGCCUUUUUCACGGAUUUGGGUACUAUUUCUGCUGUCAAAAGAUCCAAGCAUGCCCACGAGGGUAAAACCGAAUUCCUUGCUGAAUUAUCAAUUAUUGCUUGUUUGAGGCACAAAAAUUUAGUUCCUCUCCAAGGUUGGUGUGUUGAAAAGGGUGAAUUGCUGCUUGUCUAUGAGUUUAUGCCUCAUGGGAGCCUUGAUAGUCUGCUUUACUCAGACUCUGAACAUGGGAAUCCACUGCAAUGGUCAUAUAGAUAUAAUAUUGCUGUUGGACUGGCCUCUGUUCUUACAUAUUUGCAUCAAGAAUGUGAACAGCAAGUGAUUCAUAGAGAUGUCAAGACUAGUAAUAUAAUGCUGGAUGCAAAUUACAAUGCAAGGUUAGGGGAUUUUGGAUUAGCAAGGAUAAUGGAUCAUGGGAAAAGCCCGGUUUCAACUCUUACGGCAGGAACAAUGGGAUAUCUUGCUCCAGAAUACCUUCAAUAUGGGAAAGCAACUGAGAAAACCGAUGUUUUUAGCUAUGGCGUGGUUAUUCUUGAACUAGCCAGCGGGAGAAGGCCGAUUGAGAGGGAAACUGGAAGCCAGAAAAUGGUGAAUUUAGUGGAUUGGGCAUGGAUGCUACAUUCAGAAGGAAAGAUAAUUGAAGCAGCAGAUAAAAACAUGAAUGGUGAAUACGAUGAAAAAGAGAUGAAAAAGCUUCUGCUCAUAGGCCUGAGCUGCGCCAAUCCAGAUAGCAUGGAAAGGCCCUCAAUGAGGGCAGUUCUUCAGAUUCUCAACAAUGAAGCGGAGCCUAUGGUAGUACCAAAGGCGAAGCCGACUCUUACUUUCUCAAACAGUCUUCCUCUAAGUAUUGAUGACAUUGUUUUAGAUUGUGAAGACAUUGUGAUACCUGAAUCUCAGUUUGAAAUCAGACUUGAAUGAAGUAAGAUUUUGACAUGCUGAUUUAAUAUUCUUUUAUUUUUUUAUUUUUCGAAAUAGGCAGGUUAUAGCUGUUUGUUUUUAUUACUAUCAAAUAUAAUGACUGUUACCUAGCUAGAGUUUAAUGCCAUUCCAUUGAAUUAUAUGGUCCUUGGCUCGAUUUUUGAGCAUUUCAAAUACGCAUAAUAGCAUUCCAA